AUCGUGUGAAUCUCUCUAUCAGGCCUUCGUCUUUCUCACAGACCGGAGUUUUUUUCUGGCGAAAUCUGAUAAAAGAAAGAUGUCUAACCCUCAAGAAGAUGACAAGAAGCCCAUCGACCAAGAACAAGAAGCUCAUGUCAUUCUCAAGGUCAAGAGCCAGGAUGGAGAUGAAGUCUUAUUUAAGAACAAGAAAAACACUCCGCUUAGAAAGCUCAUGUACGUUUACUGCGACCGCCGAGGUUUGAAAUUAGACGCAUUCGCUUUCAUGUUUGAUGGAGCUCGUAUCCGUGGCACGGAGACUCCAGAUGAGGCAAAUCACUCUCUUUAUCAUUUCCCUUUCACAAUUUAUAUGUUUGCCACAAUUUUAUCAUUUACUAAACCAAGAAUCUCCAAUUUACAGCUUGAUAUGGAAGAUAGAGAUGUGAUCUAUGCGUGCCGUUCAAUGAGUGGUGGUCUACGAGCAAAUCAGCUUCAGUGGUCUUAUAUGGUUUUCGAUCAUAAUCGGCUCUAGGGAUAAUUUGGCAGGCUUUGUGUUACUUUGACUAUUUUCUCAAGAAAAAUCACUUGAAGUG